AUGUCUGCUGCCUAUCGUACGCAAGCAGAGCCGUACCGGGACUCGCUUCGGUCCGCGCAGACGAGUUCUGUGUAUUCUGAAGACUCGUCGUAUCUCGAGAGCAGCCCGCUGGACAGUAUUAUUCGCGAUUAUCCCGUCGUGCCGGGUGCUUCGCCCAAUGCGUUCAAAUUCUCGCCGGCAUCAUAUGGAAGCACGCCCAGGACUGGAUCCUCUGUCACUGGAAAAUUCCAACAGGCCCAGCAGCACGCUCGGGGCGCGGAGGCUCCACUGAGACUGCGUGAGCAAACUGCAGGCGAAUAUUCAGACGCUCCGACACCAAAGCAAGCCAGUUUCGUCCAGACCCAAGACAGACCCGGAUCGUCGCCGCUGCUUCAUGCCAGAUUCACUUCACCAUCUGAUUCUUUUUCUGAUGAUCCCAGGGAUCCACGUGGAAGUCACAACGAUGGCAAAUCACAGGAUAAUUUCAUCGACCUCAGAGAUAGCGGCUCAUAUACCCCGCCCGAGCAACCAUCCGCACACCAGGCCCAGCCAGACAUGCACUAUUUUACACAUUCCAGUCAUGGAGUACCUCCACGCUCUGGUCACGGCGUCACACCAAUGAUGAACUUUGGUCCACUCAAGACACCCUCACAGCCCGACCAUUUGAAAUCGCGCUUCAGCCCCGUUACUCCAGAUGUCGACGCAGAUUUGGAAUUGGUCGCACACACCAACCAAAGCGCUCAGUCCCAGCAGCAGCACGGUGGACGAGUAGCAUACAAAGACAGUUUGCAAGCAGGUUCACACGACUACUUUAACAGAGGGUCCUGGCAAACGCAGUCGUCGGCUGCCAACCCAGCUAGAGAGACCUGGAUGACGACCACCAGCGGAGUGACAAUUGCCGACCCAUUUUCCUUUCGACAUUACGAAUCCCCCCAAAUCUAUCCUAACGAGCAGCCCAGAACGACGGCUCUCCAACCAAAUUCUGCUCCCGAAGUCGUGGUCCAUCGGCCUCUUUCAGAGGCACCUUCAUUGUACACGGACAGAGGUGAUUACGUCGACCUUGCAGAUUCGCUAAACAACCCCGUAUAUGCAAUUGUCCCACCAUCUCCUGUGGAACCGGUCCCUCAAGGAAGAAUGCCAAGCAAGGUACCCGUCACAACGCGCUACAAUUUCUCGCGGCCGCUCAGGAGUGAUGUGUCGGUAAUGGAUAGAACUAGUGCGGAGACUGGUACGGGCGCGUCUGCGCGGGCGUCCGAGUAUUCGACCAUGUCUUCAUCCACUGAUCUGCCCCAUACGAUCAUGGGGUUUCCCGAGCCACCAAUUCCAGCCAAUCUCCCCCCUUCCAUGCUCUCAAAUAUGCACAACAAUCCCAAUGACCCUCCUCUUACGCGUCGCGCCAUUGCUCGCAUGAGCAUACCCAAGACGGUCCCCAAUGCCGUCGUUACGCAUGACCUUCAUUCUCCCAGCCCAGAGACGAGAGAACUGGCGCUUCCUUCUAACUCGCCAAAUCUUCAGCCAAUGCAACUCAGCAGUUCCCCGGGCCGUCACACUCAACAAAACAAUCUAGGGUCUCGUAGUCUUUCCCCAAUACCGGACACGGAACGGAGUCCGUCUCCGUCUAGCGUUUCUCAUGGAUCCCCUCGCUUUAAUGCUCCUUCUCCUUUGCCUGGCCCACCAAGAACAUACGACGUACCGUACAGCUACUCGGUUACCAUCACCGAUCAUCAAGUACAAUUCCCACCUGGAGGAUACAAUGCCGAGUCCUUCCAAAACAACCACACCAGAUAUUCGAUGGGUGGUACGGCUCAUCCACCAGCACCCAGGGAAGUCGCAGCUCUUCGAUCAUCGCCGCCACCUGUUGGACCACGACCUGGCUCGGGACUUUCUGUCUAUUCUCGCUACAGCUUCUACUCCGUUGGAGAUCUGCCGGAUUCUGCAGCUCCCACGCCCAAGGGAUGGGAGAAGGAGCGGUACCGUCAGGGUGGAAAAAGCAGCCCUUCCCGAAGUGACAGCACACCUACCCCGACAAAAGAGAAAAGGAAAGAUUCCGAUGAUUAUCAAGGUUUACCGUAUCUGAGCGGUACGGAAGAAUCUGUACCCAACACGCAGCCUCCGCAAGAGGCAAUCAUGAGCCCUCAAGAAUCUCUCCUACUCGGAAUCAGCCACCACGAGGCGAAUAGACUCCAAGAGUCUGCCUAUUGGUUCGAACGAGCGGCAACGGAGCAUGGAGGCUGUGGAGUGGGCAUGCUUAUGUGGGGUUUGAGCUUACGACAUGCAUGGGGAGUCGAAAAGGAUGAGCGAGCGGCGUUUUGGUGGUUGAAACGGGCGGCCGGGUGCGCGGUCGAGGAUAUGGAAAGGUCGCGACAGAUGAAGGAAACGGGUAGUAUGGAUCCAGAAGCUGAACGAGAUCGGAAAGCCGUCCAAAGUGAGUUGGUCUUGGCGGUCUACGAGGUCGGACAGUGUUUCUUCCAUGGGUGGGGUGUUGAAACGGACAAAAAGUUAGCGGUCAGCUAUUUUCAGGUGGCCGCUCGCCUUGGGGACGUCGAUGCCCAGCUCGAACUGGGCUUCUGCUUUGCAAACGGAAAAGGUUGCAAAAAGGACCUAAAGGAAGCAGCGCGGUGGUAUCGGGCCGCUGUCGCUCAAGGGGCAAGCAACGUCGGCCUUGCUUGGAUCUACAAGGCCAAGUAUGGUGGAGAUGGUGCUUCGAAAGAGGAAGAGAACCCGAUCGAUAGGAACGGACGAAUUAUGCUCCCAAAUUCGAAGAGCAGCACUACCACGUCGCUCAAGAGUGGUAGCGGCAAAUCUGACAGUCCCCGUAAAUUACGCAAGCCACCACCACGAUCUAAAACGCCCAACGGACGAGCACGUAGCCCAGCACGAACAGACGUGGGCAGCCAUAUCGAUUCCCCCUAA